GCGCAGAGGCCCACCUGAUCGUCACGGCGACACGCAAACUCCUCGACAUUGGCGUUGAUGCGAAUGAGAUUGGGGUCAUUGCUUUGUACCGCGGUCAAGCGGAAGUCAUCCAAACAAUGCUCCGCGGCGAAAUGGCGACGAAGAAGAAGGGCGGGGUGCAGGUCUCCACAGUCGACGCCUUCCAAGGCGCCGAGAAAACCGUCAUCCUCCUCUCGACCGUGCGCACGCGCUACGUCGGGUUCAUUGAUGAACCGAGGAGGGUGAAUGUCGCGUUGACGAGGGCCAAGCGCCAUCUCUUCAUAUUCGGCAACAAGACCCUGUUAUCGCGCGAUAAGCUGUGGGGGAAGGUGUUGGCACAUAGCUGUACAGAAUCGGGCGAAACAGGGACCCUCCACCCCGCCGGAUUCAUAACGCUCCUGGACCGCAUUGCUGCGGAUGUCGCUGCUGCGGAUGCGAUGGCGUAGCGCCGGAGCACGUAUCAUUGACGGGCGGGAUAUCUGCGGCGUACCU